AUGGCUUUUCUUUCAUCUUGUUGGUUUCUUGUUGAGUAUGUUCUCAUCCCUGUUGGAGAUGAGAAGUGGUUUCGUUUGAGCUUUUUCAUCCAUCCUCAAAUCUUCAUACUCUGUCAAGUUUUCUCAUGGAUUAGAGUAUUUGGAGUAAAGAUGACUGUUGAAGAGAUUAUAAGGUGUGAAAUUCCCGAAACUUCUAAUUCAAUUCGAACAAUCAUCUCGCGUAAUUGUUAUCCAGGUGUUCUACCCAAUUCAUGCAAGAUGAAGAGUGUAAAAGUUGAGAGAAAUUGGUUUGACGUGAAAGAAAGUAUCAAGGAAGAAUCAGUAGUUCAUGUGGACAAGGAUUUGAGUGAGAAUGAGUCCUCAAUGUAUCUUCAAAGCUCUGUUUCACAAGUUACAGGAGUUGAUGCUGAGAAUGAAACAGAUGGAUCAGAUAUCAACAACUUUUCAUCAUGUGUUUUGAGCUCUGAAUCACAUGAUAUGGAAGCAGAAACAGAGACGAACGAAAAAGAAAACGAUCAAUCGGAUCCAUUCUUUGCUAAGUACAUUGAAAGGAUGAAAUGGUUUGAUCUACUCAAUUAUGAAAGAACCUGUGGAACAAGUUCAAUCUUAAACAAGCAAUUGGGAACUCCUAGUUCAUUUGAGAGCAAAGAGCCCAGAGAUUUCUCUGUUCCAUUUCUCUCAUGGAGCAAAAUGGAUAGAAGAAAACUCAUAAGAAGCCUAGAAAAUGACUUUGAGAUGGUCUAUGUGGGUCAGUCAUGCUUGUGUUGGGAGGCCCUGCAUCAUCAAUACAGAAAGGUUGAGGCACUUGCAUGCACUGGUUCCCAAAAUGGUGCUUUUUAUAAUAAUGUAGCAGGAGAAUUCCAAAAAUUUCAAGUUCUAUUGGAGAGGUUCAUGGAAAAUGAAGGUAUACAAGGCAAAAGGCUUUGGAAUUAUGUGCAGGGAAGAUUCUCUCUCAAAAGUCUUCUCCAAGUUCCAGAGGUUUCAGGCUAUUUUGAGGGAGAAAAUGAAGCAAGGGAAGGAGAAGCCAUGGGAGCAAGUGAAGUGCUAGAAACCAUAGAGGAGUCCAUUAUGACAUUUUCAAAAUUUGUAAACACAGACAAUAAGAAGUCAUGGUGGAAAUUUAGAAGUUAUCUGUGGAGUCAUCAACCAGUAGAAGAUCCAAAAGACUUGGAACUUUCAUUUGACCUCACAAAGAGACUUCAAAAAAAGGAAUUAUACCUGAAGGAUCUGCAGAGGAGAAAGAAAUGCUGGUUGAAAAGAGCUAAGCUAGUUGAACAUAAUCAAAGAAGGGAGAUUCUUUUUAGCAUGAUAGAUAUGAAACUCAUAUCAAGAGUGCUUCAGAUGCCUAUCAUUUCCACUUCUCAGCUUAAGUGGUGCCAAGAGAAGCUGAACAGCAUAGAAUUCACAGAAGGAAAAGUUACAAGGGUUUGGACUAAUUGCCUUUUCCCACCUUCUUAAGGGCACCUAAAUGGAAAAUGCUAGUUUUGAGCUUGUAGAAACUGCAUGUAUUCUCAUUAAGUUGUU